UUCGAGAUCUGUCGUCGUUUGUCCGUGUGUAGCUACCGUCUUUCUUUUUGGCGAUAUCAUUUACCUCCCGGCAAAUAUUACAUCGCAUUUAGAACCAUUCCAAGCACGCGAGCACUUUAUUUUUCACACUGGAUACGCUUAUAAACCUUCUCGUCGAUAUUUCAUCUUUAUUUCCUCCCGCAAGUCUCGUAGGCGACGGAAUCAUGGCAAGUGCACUGGCGUCUAGUUUCCGUGAGUACGAUUUCCGACAAACUGCAGUCCGGCCGACGUUUGUAAACAAUUGUGUGUAACCGUUCAACGUCUAAUCCAACUUGGAAUCGCUUCUUUUUUCGCGCACGCGUUAUUGUAUUUGUUGUCAUUCGUUGUAUUCGAGCAAUACAUUUACGCAAAGCACAACUGUAAAUCUGCUCCUACAAAUUUCAACAGAUUUUUUUUUCUUUCAAAACCUUCGACUGUUAUUUAUGUAACCGAAUAUUUAAAAGCAAUCUUUUCGCAAGGAUAUUUCGCACAUGUCGAAUCGCGACGAACGCAAUAUUUAUCGUACAAUAGCGAUUUUACGCGCAGAGAGGAAGUUUAAUGCACAGUAAACGCCUAGAAACAUCUGCGUGAGCAACUAAUAGACCAUCAUUAUUUUUUACCGGUCAAACAUAAACCUCUCGUGCACACACACGCGCACGUUGGCUGUCAAGCAUCCCUGAAGGACCAUCUGCAAAGAAAAGCGCCUGAACGACGCAGUGGAAGAAUGGGCCUCUCAUUUGCUCUAUUGAUUCUCCUUGUGUCUUUCUCCCUCACGACGGCCUUACGCAAUACAACCGCAGGUUGUGCUAUCAUUCGUCCGCCAAGAGAUGGAGGGAUAAGAUACAGGGGUCUGACUCAAGAGCAGAUACGUAGCGUUCAGGUAUUACCAGUGGAUUAUGAGAUUGAGUACAUCUGCAGAGGGAACAGAGUGAUUGUGGGACCAAAGGUCAGGAAGUGUCUCCCCGAUGGCACCUGGACUGACCUCAACCAGCGCAGCAGAUGUUUACUGCCAUGUCCGAGAGUGUGGACGUCUCUAGAGAAUGGGCGAGUGACCGUGCAUCCUCCCGGCCCAGCGGUGGAGGACACCAUACUUCACUACAGCUGUCUGGAGGGCUUCAUACUGGUGGGCAGAAACAGCACACACUGCACUAAACUGGGCAAGUGGGACUCACCCAAACCCCAUACGCAAGAAAACAUUAACCCACAUUCUGGCAAGAAGAAACUCUACAUCGGAGCCCUGUUCCCUAUGAGUGGCGGAUGGCCGGGUGGCCAAGCUUGUCUUCCUGCUGCCCAAAUGGCCCUGGAUCUGGUGAACAAUAGAACGGAUAUCCUGCCGGAUUAUGAGCUUGAAUUAAUCUACUAUGACAGUAUGUGUGAUCCAGGAGAGGCCACUAAACUGCUGUACGAUCUGCUGUAUACAGAGCCAAUAAAGAUCGUCCUGAUGCCGGGCUGCAGUUCUGUGUCCACACUGGUGGCUGAAGCUGCCCGCAUGUGGAACCUAAUAGUGUUGUCGUAUGGCUCCAGUUCUCCAGCCCUCUCGAACCGCCAGCGCUUCCCCACCUUCUUCCGCACGCACCCCUCUGCCACCCUGCACAACCCCACCCGCGUGCAGCUCUUCCAGAAGUGGAAGUGGACCAAGAUCGCCACCAUACAGCAGACCACCGAAGUUUUUACCUCUACGCUGGAUGAUCUAGAGCAGAGGGUGAAGGAGGCAGGUAUUGAGAUCAGCGUGAGACAGAGUUUUCUCACGGAUCCUGCUGUCGCCGUCAAGAAUCUCAAGCGCCAAGAUGCACGCAUCAUUGUGGGUCUGUUUUACGAAACGGAAGCCAGGAAAGUGUUUUGUGAGGUCUACAAGGAGAAGCUGUAUGGGAAAAAGUAUGUGUGGUUCCUGAUUGGCUGGUACGCCGACAACUGGUUCAAGAUCAAGGAUCCAUCAAUCAACUGCACCAUGGAGCAAAUGACAGAAGCUGUGGAGGGACAUGUCACCACAGAGAUUGUAAUGCUCAAUCCCGAGACAGUUCGAGGGGCCUCUAACUUGACCUCACAGGAGUUUUUAGCACAGCUGAUGUCCAAGCUGGGCGGUAAAAAUCCAGAGGAGACCGGUGGUUUCCAGGAAGCUCCUUUGGCUUAUGAUGCAGUGUGGGCCCUUGCUCUGGCUUUAAAUAAGACAGUGGGGCCCUUGAAGGCAAAAGGCCGCAGGUUGGAAGACUUUAACUACAAUAAUAAGGACAUCACAGCCGAGAUCUACCGUGCCCUGAACACCAGCUCCUUCGAGGGAGUUUCGGGUCAUGUAGUGUUUGAUGCCCAGGGUUCCAGAAUGGCUUGGACCCUUAUUGAGCAACUGCAAGGAGGAAGCUACAAGAAGAUUGGUUACUAUGAUAUGACUAAAGGCAAUCUCUCUUGGUAUGGCAAUGACAGGUGGAUAGGUUCUGGUCCUCCUGCUGAUCAGACGGUGGUCAUUCAAAAGUUCAGAUACCUGUCACAAAAACUCUUCGUUUCCGUGUCAGUAUUCGCCGGCUUUGGCAUUUUAAUGGGGAUCGUUUGUCUCACCUUUAACAUUUACAACAGCAACAUCAGAUACAUUCAAAACUCUCAGCCAUACCUGAAUAACAUGACUGCAGUGGGCUGUAUGAUGGCCCUGGCUGCUGUUUUUCCUCUGGGAAUUGAUGGACUACAUGUACGAAACGCCCAGUUUCCUGUGGUAUGUCAGUUCCGUUUGUGGCUACUUGGACUUGGCUUCAGUUUGGCUUAUGGCAGUAUGUUUACAAAGAUUUGGUGGGUCCACACUGUGUUCACAAAGAAGGAUGAGAAGAAAGAUAAGAGAAAACAGCAUCUGGAGCCAUGGAAGCUCUAUGCCACCGUUGGGGUUCUGCUUAUUAUCGACAUCCUGUCCCUCAUGAUUUGGCAAAUUGUGGAUCCCUUGCACAUUACAGUGGAGAAGUUCACUAAAGAAGCACCUAAAGGGGACGUGGACCAGUUGAUUGAACCGUUGCUGCAGCAUUGUAGUUCAGAGAAGAUGAACACAUGGCUCGGAGUCGUGUAUGGCUAUAAGGGUCUGCUGUUGCUCCUGGGUAUUUUCUUGGCAUAUGAGACCAAAUCUGUGUCCACAGAAAAAAUAAAUGAUCAUCGAGCUGUCGGGAUGGCCAUCUAUAAUGUCUCUGUGUUGUGUAUGAUUACUGCUCCCGUCACAAUGAUUCUGUCAUCUAAACAGGACGCCUCAUUCGCCUUUGCCUCGCUGGCAAUCAUCUUCUCCGUCUACAUAACUCUAGUUGUGCUCUUCGUCCCCAAGAUGCGGAGGCUUAUCACUCGUGGCGAGUGGCAGUCAGACCAGCAGGAAACUAUGAAGACCGGCUCAUCUACAAACAACAACGAUGAAGAGAAGUCUCGCCAGCUGGAGAGAGAGAACAAAGAGCUGCAGAAGAUCAUCCAAGAGAAAGAGGAACGUGUGUCAGAGCUCAGAAACCAGCUGUCAGAGAGACAGGCCUUGCGCUUCCGGAGACGCCCAUCCUCCUCCAAUCAGAACCACAGCUCUCCUCCUCUCCCCUCUUCUCAGAACGAUCCCAAAUCUCACCUCCCCCCACCAGGAUACCCCCUCCCAGCUUCAGACAACCACUCCCUCCCUCUCACCUUCUCCAACUCCUCCACCCUGUACCAGCCCGACGGCAAGAUCAACCGCAACAACUGUCACCCCAGCCGACUGCAGCUCCUCUACAAGUGAGCCCAGACACAGAUGGGACACAAAGAGGAAAUUCAAGUGGGACUGUGGCAAAGUAAAAAGUGGAGAAGCUACCUUCAUGUGCCACCCAAGUUCCCUUUAUUUCCACCCAGCAGACUACUUUGGUUUCUUUGUUUGUUUCUUUUGUUUCUGACAGGCUUGCUGUUUCUCACGGGUGGUUAUUUUGUCAAGAAGUCUUGAGAAUCUGGUGUUGACUGCAUCAUCAAUGUGUCACCAUGUUUCAAAGCCACACAUGCCGUGAUAACAACUGCAUUGUUCAAAUGAUUAAUCCUCAGCUCUUUUUCGCCUUAGAAAAUUGUGUGAUAAAAAUGACUUGCUAAAAAACAUCCUUACAGAAACAUCUUGGUUUAUAGUGGAUUACUCCAAGGGGCUGUUCAUACAGGAUAUACCGUUUUGCCCAUCUGUGCUGUAUUUUAAUUGUUUUUCUUUGUAAACCUGUGCUAGAUUGAUGCCUUUGACUGUUGCAAAGCAUCUCCCACCAUGAGUGCCAUGUUUAUAAUAAAAUAUAAUCACAUGAUGAGUAUUGAUGCUGUCUACCAACCCUGGACUCGCAAGUUCAAAUCCAGGGUGUGCUGAGUGACUCCAGCCAGGUCUCCUAAGCAACCAAAUUUGCCUGGUGAGUGUAGAGUCACAUGGGGUAACAUCCUCGUGGUCAUGAUUAGUGGUUCUCGUUCUCAAUGGGGUGCAUGGUAAGUUGUGCAUGGAUCGCGGAGAGUAGCAUGAGCCUCCACAUGCUGGGAGUCUCCGUGGUGUCACAACGAGCCAUGUGAUAAAAUGUGUGGAUUGAUGGUCUCAGAAGUGGAGGCAACUGAGACUUGUCCUCUGCCACCUGGAUUUAGGUGAGUAACUGCGCCACCAUGAGGACCUACUAACUUGUCAAUACUUAGUACUAAAUAUUGGGCAUUCCAAACUAGGAGAAAAGGGGAUAAAAAUUAAUUCAACUAAAAACAUGAUCACAUUGGAAGUCGACAUGAUGCUUCCGAAUGUACAUGUACCCUGAAAUCGAUCCCAUUCUGCCAAAUUACUGACAAGCGGCAUUACCCAUAAGAUAUUUCUGCAUCAAUUAAAAGUCUUUACCUUUCCCUGUGGUGCUAUUAAUAUCUCAUUAUGCUAGCAAUCUUCCAGGUAUGGGUUCGGGUCCAUGGAAACAUGAACGUAAUCAUGUUCACUUAAACAAUUUUGAGUGCGAUUUGGAGGUUCGCUCUACAAUAAAAGUUUUACUCCACUGAUGUUUAGGUUUAGGGUUGAGGUUUAAGUUAGGGGGUAGAGUAAAAUAAAUAUGCAUUCCUGUUGACUGUAUUACAUAAUUUUAGAGUGGCGCAACUCUGUGGACAACUGGUGCUCAAAACAAACAGAACAAUAGCACCAGAGAAACAAAGAGCUUAGAGUUCAUGAGAAAAUCAACCUUUGAAUAGCUUACUAAUAGUUGUCUCUGCACAUUAAGCUGGAAUAGAAGAAAGUAUUUUAACACUUCCAGCUUCGGCCACUGGGGGCAGUGGUUUAAUUUCAGUAAGAACAGACCUAUUUCAGCAGCAGAACUCUCGAUCUAAGAUUGGCGAAUCGAAAGUGUGAUCAGUCAAAGACACUAUGUCAAAUUAAAAACAGCUCUACUUUGAAAAUGCCUCAAGACAACUCUUUUAUUCCGUGGUGCUUCAUUUAGCUAGUUUUAAACGCAAAAGUGUGUCCUGUGUGAAAAGCUCCUAAAUGAUCCCAAAAUGUAUUUAGGGUAAUAUUUAGAGCUGUACUGAUACAAUCAGAUAUUGCGAUACUUUUUCUCAUAUUUCAUCGAUAUUUCAGUUCCUUGUAUUAAUAUGUUUUAUUAUUUAUUUGUGUAUUCAUAUGUAUUAUAUUUCAAUAAAUGAAGAAGCAGUUUGUCUAAAUAAGCGCAAACUGGUGUUUCUCCUUGUGAUCGGAGGAGCUUCUACGAAGCACUGUACUGGACAAACAUUAUGCACAGCAUGCAAGAGAGAUUGACCGCUGAUGCACAAUGCGAUGCGAUGAUCCAGUGAUAUCAUGUGCAACCGUGAUGUUUUGUGUCAUAAAAUAUGUAAAUUGGCAAUAUCUGUGUUUAGUGCUGGAUAUGCAAUUGAGCACAGCAGUGGGGUUCUGGACGUAAAAGUCCCAUUCAUUUUUUUUCAUAAGAGAAUUGAUCUUUUUAAUGAGGGUUAGGUUAGGGUUAGGGUUAGGCUAACUCUAACCUAACCUUUAAAGGCAGACCUACCGUGAGCUUUGAGGCUGUUAUUUAGUGGUAUAUGCUUCUUUUGAAGCCAUCAGUUCAUGUUAUUUCAACUCUAUUUUGAAAUACAUUUUGUUUAAUGUUGUUUUUUUCAUAAGAACGACACUACCCAUGAUUCUGAAGAAAAAGAUUCACCUAUCCAAGAGUUGCGGCAAACCAACCCUGUUAAACGUGCUCCCUUCACUUUCAAACUACUGAUAUCUGAAUAUUUUACAAUAAACUUAAAAUCUAUUCAGUAUUACUGAUUUUUGUAAAAAUAUGCUUUUUUGAUUCAAAUUAAUGUUUGUAAUGUUGUGAUUCACAUCAGAGCUUGUUGGUUUGGUUCAUGCCUUAGAACUGUUAUGAAGACUUUUAUGAAGUCCCUAGGGAAUUUUUUAUUUUUUUUUGAAAAUUACUUCCAGAACCAAGAAGGGGCAGGCACUUUUGCACUCUGUAGCAUGGUUGCCUUUGAGUCGGUGUGGUAUCGGUUUGAAAACAUCUAGGAAUUUUUCUCACAUUUACAUGCUUCAUUGGUAGAUUCUUUUAUCCAGUACAACUUAAAGUACAUUGAAAGUUUGUAUUUUAUCAGUUUGUAUGUUCCCUGGAUAUCGAAACCAAUAACCUUGCCGUUGCUGGCAUCAUGCUCUUCCUUUGGGUAAUAUACAUAUUUUGCAACUUCAACAUGGUCUCAUAAACAGACAGCUCCAUGAUGUACUGCUGAAGUUAUCUUUUGUUUAUUUCCACAGGGAUUUGUUUUUCUGUGAGUUGUCACCAUAUUAAGUUACAGGGACAGUCCCACUGGUACGACAUGUGGUUAAGUGGCUUGCUCAAGGGCAUAAUGGUGAUAGCUCAUGGAUCGCACUUGUAGGUUCUAAUCGAAUCUAACCACUUGGCUGUUGUAAGUGUUAAACUUCGCCACAUCAUUCGGGUCGCACCAUUUGUGGUAUGGAUAUGAAUGAUACCUCAAAUCUUGUGGCUUGUUGAGGUGUGCUAUUACUUAUCUAUGGGAUCAGACGUAACUGGUGGACAACAGAGCAGGCAAAAUACAAUUCUAUAGACUCAAGACAUACAGUAUGUAUAGUAUAGGUCCAACGUCAUUGGUGUGUGAGUGUGAAUGUGUGUGUGAAUGGGUGAAUGGGACACAGUGUAAAGCUCUUUGGUAACCUCUAAGGAUAAAAAAGGCGCUAUAUAAGUGCAGACCAUUUACCAUUUAUAGGGGUCAGAAUAUCAUAGACACUUUUGAUGGGCUCUUUUGACUUAGCAGACACCUUGCAACCAGCCACAACACCAUAGCAACCACCUUUAAUCAUGCUAAAAAUCACUCUGAAUACCUUAGGGACCACAGAGCAAUGCCCUGGCAACCAUCCACAACAGCAACGUGGAGGCAACUUGGGCAAACAUUACUCUACAUUUUCUUCACAAUAUAUUUGUACAUUUUGUAUAUUGGUGUGGCUAUAUGCAUCAUUUUCUCCCAGAGAAUGCUGUGAUAACAUAUUAGCAGUCAUAAAGCUCUUUAUUUCAUCACAUAUUUUGAGAUUUAAUCUCACAUUUAAUCUUUUUAGAUUUAAACUGACAGUAUUGUAAUACAGUUUGCUUCUGAGUGGAACCUACCAUAUUAACUUCAAUGAUACCUGAUACUUUGCAAUGCAAAUAUCAUGAAAGUGUCUUGGGCAGCUAUGUUUGUGCUAUGCGGUUGUGUGUAAUGAUCAAGUUUCCUGAAAAGGGGAAUUAGUCAGUUAAAAAUGGGACUCAGUUGAGGUCCAUGCAAUACAAUAGAUUACUCACCCCUUCCGUCAUAACCCACAACACACGCAAUCAUACAUUCACACUCACAUUAGCUGUUUUAUUUAUUCAUCACUCAACAAUUUGUUGCAAAAUGCCUUUCAUUCCUGUAGUUACAUUACAGUUUUGAAUAAACAAAACACAAAAUUGUAUGGUACAGUACAUAAUUUCUAAACUGAGUAGAUAGGAACUCCUUAGGAACUUCCUUAUUCUUUAAGUAAAGUAAACAAGUAAUGUCCUGACUAUACUUUAGGGGCUUUUCCACUGCAUGGUACAACUCGACUCAACUCACAACUUUUUUUGUACUGUGGAUAGUACCUGCUACCUGAUUUGUUUUUUUUGUACCACCUCGGUCGAAGUUCCAAGCGAGCUGAGCCGAUACUAAAUGUGAUGUCAAAAUCCUGCAGAUUACUGAUUGGUCAGGGAGAAUCGUCACUACCAGCAUCACUGGAUUUCUGACACGUGACAUCAACCCGCUAGUUUUAAAGUUAGCAACAGCGAUAACAGUAUCAUUUGUUCACGCGACUUUCGAAUUUUGAAAAAGAAAUGGCUAUGUGCAUAACCACACCGUGGCCAAUAAACGAGGUGCAGACGGUCCACUCGUUAGCGAUGAGCGAAAUGAAGAAGUCUCUCAGGAAGUGUCUCUGCAGUUGGCCACCACCGGACCUACCAACAGUGUAGGUAAAAGUAAAAAAAAAACGUAAAAGUGACUACAGAACCAUCAAGGAAAAUUGGAAGUGGUUCGACCAAAUGGACGCUAUCUUGAUCGGCGAACAAUGGGAGGGAGAGUGCCCUGGACUCUAUGGAGGAUGGUACAUUUUGUUAUGUUAACUCUAUACUUUGCUUGAAAGCUUCACUUUAUUUAGUUGACCAGCUACUGGAAGCUUGCUUCUAAAACAACCAGGCCAAUUUAACUCUUACACUUGUGUAAAAUCACCAUGCAACAACUGCUUUAUGCAGCACAAUGAGCUAGUAGCUAACAACUAGUGGUUGUGUUAUUGUUUUGGUCAGUUUGUGUUGUGUUUAAGAUGAUGUCACGGGAGUAGAUGUGGUGCAACUAUGACGAUCAUCCUAUAAUCCCACCCACGUUGAGGUGGCACUAAACUGCAGUGGAAAAGCAAGCUCAGAAAAGUAAAGCAAGUAGAGUUGAGGCGAGUCGAACCGUAACAUGCAGUGGAAAAGUGCCUUUUGUGAUCAGUUGAAUGCCACUUUGGUGAAUUAAAGUAUCAAUUCCGAAACAGUAAAAUCUGUAUAUUAUUCCAAACUUUUGGACACCAGUGUAUGUAUAUAUAUAUAUAUAUAUAUAUAUAUAUAUAUAUAUAUAUAUAUAUAUAUAUACAUUAUAUUUAUUUUUAGUGAAUUAUCCCUAAACUCUUGUGCUUUAUCUCUAUGUCUGUGACUUGGAUUUGGCCUAUGCAGCAAUGUUUCGAUAUUUCAGCUGGGCUGUUUGUCAUACCUGCUUCAUUUCCUUAUUUGCAGUGUCAAAUACUGCCUCUCAUGUGGAAGGGCAUGAUGUACAGAAAAUAAAUCCCUACAAAGGGGCCUUGAAAGUAUAAUCAUAAGUGCUUGUGACAUUAGCACACUGCUCUUUAUUUUAGAGAAAUGAUUAUUACCUCAUAAUACUUGGAAAGCUGCCACUGGUUCUACUAAAUAAAUGGAUGCUAUGUUCAGAAUAGCAUACUACCAUAUUAAUCUUAUUAUUUCUGCAGUUUGUAGUAUGCAUACAUAAUAUGCAUAGUAAUAGACCGAGUACUGUAUUGCAGAAUCCAAUAUGCUUAACUUGAAGUAAUAUUUUGCCACAGCUCUUUCUUGACUCAUUAUAUGAACAGACAUUUUUUAACAAACUUUAUAUACUGUGCAGUAUUCAGUAAGUAGUAUGCUAAUAUUACACUCUGAACAUAGAGAUUGAACUGCAUUAUGAUGUCAGAGUUUAUGUGCUAUAAGCACUUGUGAUUGCUAAAUGGUGCUCUGGUGAUUUACAUAAAAGCUGAUAUAAGAUGGCUUAAUGGGGGUGUCGUCAACACAAAUACAAACACCACCAUGGUGUUUUUCAGUCUGCUGUAAUAGAUUUUACUCAUAAUUUCUCGUCAAAAGGUGGUAUGACAGUAACCAUAGUGAUGUUCAUGCAAUGAUAUGCACAAAUGUUGAUUGUGUAAAUGCUAAAUGUACAUGAUAAAUGUAUUUUCUUGCACAUAAAGUAUUAAGUAUAUACAGUCAAAGGUAUUCAUUCGUAUGUGAUAUUGAAAAUAUAUUUGUAUCUGUAAAUCAAAUUGGGCUGGUGUCAAUGGUGAAAUAA